AAUUCCCAUGGGCAGAGGGACCUAACCUCUUCACAAUAAGUUUUGGAACCUUCGAUCCUGAAGUCACUCGAGAGAACUCCUCUGUCGAAUUCUUAGUUACUGAUUGACGUCGACAUGCUUUCACUUGCAAGGCGACUGCAGAGGCUGCAACUGCAGCCUCUUGAUCAAUGUCAGUCCCAACAGCUUCGUAGGUUCAGGACCGGUGCUUCUUCUUCUCCAUCGAGAAGGAGGAGCAAGUCUGCAGCAGCAAUGUUGAAGAAACCGGAUGACAAAUCAGAAUGGUGGGUAGUGGAUGGGGAGAUGCACGAGAUUGGUGAGAAUGUACCUCCGAGGGAGCGCUUCGUAAUCCCAAGAGAUAACCUCCCCAACAAGCGGCGAAAACAAAUGAGAGAGCAGUUCAUGCGCAGAACUCGCCUCGUACUUAAGGAAUCUGAGCAUGAGCCCUGGUGCAAAAGAUAUAUGGAACUAUACAAUGAGCUCAGGGAGAACUGGGAAAGGCUAUACUGGGAUGAAGGCUAUUCCAAGAAACUUGCCCAAGAUCAUGCCAAUUAUGAAUCUGCUGAAGACGAUGAUCUGGAUUUUUCUCCAUACAGGAGAAGGCGAUCCAAUACUGAGCAAAUGAAGGGGCUGAGCUUUGUGAAAAAUGGACAAAGUGAAACCUGGGAAAAGGUUGGCCAAAUUCGGGACAAGUUUGAGUAUGAUAGGGAGAGAAGAAUGAGAGAAAAAGCAUUUGCCCCCAUGAACAAUGGUACUGAAUUUGAUUCCCAUGAUUCAAGCUCCAGAGCUCAUCCUUUUGAUGCCCAGAAAUAUUUUUCUGGGUCUGACUCCGAGGAAGAGUGAAUGAAAUAUGAUAAGAUACAAAAGAAUUCCUGGAAUGCAGAGUAAGCUUCACACCCAAGUCUAAUCUCAUGAAAUGGACUCAUGUUGGUAGACCAGAGGGGAAACCCAAUUAUCUGAAUGCAGAAGCCUUAAAGGUGAAUUCUAACAGUUGUAUGGAGUCCAUGACAAAAGAGGAAAUUGAAUUGUAUAGGAUGACAGUAUUUUCAUGUUGUAUCAUAUUCUUUCUUAGUCCACUGGAAUUUGAAUUUUCUUUGAAUGCAUAAAGAAAUACUGAAGUCAUUUCC